UUGUCGCAGUUGCCAAGCAAAUUAAAUUUAGGAAAAAUUCUCUGUACCCAGCAUUUGGCUCCACCAGCUACCAACAUGUCUUCGUUUUUGCGUACGGCCAGACAAAUUUUCCGUCGAAAUCGUUUUGCUUCGCAUAGUUUAUCUAAAAAUUUAAAGAAGUCAACAGUCAAAAUAAUAGCCGGCAACAGGCAUUUCUACAGUCUGGCAACCCUGUUGCAGUUUGCCGUUGUUGUGGGCGCCAUGGAGCCAAAGAAGCGCCCCAAAAAGGUCAGCAUGAGCCUGGAGUCGAAGGCGCAGCAUUAUCUGAAUGCACUGAAAGUGCGCUGGAUGCAGCUGCACGAGAUACCCGGCCUGUUUGCCUAUCAGCUGCAGGAGUCCAGGCAGGGCCGCAAGCUGCCCGGCAAGUAUGGUUUCUAUGUCGAGUUAAAUGCGGAGCGCAGCUUAAAGCGGCGCGUGCCACAGCCUAUUGAGAGUCUGAGUCCCACAUUUAAGCCCCAACAAUUUAAUUUCAAUAAAGUCGAUGCUCUGGAGGUGAUGAUGACCAUAGACAAGGAGAAGGACAAAGCCGAGGUACAGAUGAUUAUCAACAAGAGUCCUCUGACCAAAUACCACACGCUCAUCUGUCCCGAUGUCAAAAACAAUCUGGUGCAACGUGCCACCUUGUCGGCGCUCAGCUUCUGUGUCAAUUUCAUGCGGAACAUUGACGAUGGGGCCGUACGCUUGGGCUACAACAGUCCGGGUGCCUUGGCUUCGGUGAAUCACUUGCAUUUCCAUAUCGUGCACAUACCACACGACCUGUACAUAGACAAUGUGGAGCUGCAGCCGCUGGCCGGCGAUUAUGUGUACCGCCUGUCGCCGGAGUCGCCCACGGAGGCCAUUUGCUAUGUGAUCACAGCCAGAGACACCGAACGGGUAGUGCGCGAAAAAGUCGCCAGCCUGCAUCGGCUCACCGAAUGGCUGUGCGACAAUCACCUGCCACACAAUCUGUUCAUAACGCACAGCCACCAUUCCGACGACUUGCGUGUGUUUGUCUUUGUGCGCGCCAAGUACUGCGUGACCAAGGACCUCACCGCAUUCAAUGUGGGCUUCUGCGAGAUGGUCGGCUUUCUGCCGCUGAGUGAUGCGGAAAAGCUGCAGAGCAUGACGGAGCAAACGGUGGUCGAACGCAUUCAGGACAUUACGGGCAAUGCGUACGAGUCAGCUUAUGAGAAAGUGAAGCAUAUUAUCAAUGGCGGAGUCGAUGCCGCCUGGUUUCAGUCGCUUGUCAUAUAGUGAGCUCAACACACAAGGAGGCUUUUAGUUGUUAGUCAUAAGUACGAUUUUAUUUCGGAUUUAAACAUUUUUACCGCAUUGGACGC